AUGUCCCGGAACGCUCUGAAGGUUCUGGUCGAGUUCAAGUUCCGAGCGGUUUCUUGUCCUGGAGUCCACCUGCCAGCCAAGGAGCACCUCUCCCUCAGCAUGUGCUUCAUGGGGCAGUGCGCUCAGUCCCAGCGUCUCCCUGCUGUCUUUCCUCUGCUCUUCCAUGAGAAGAUGACCUUUGAAAAGAUUUUCAGGCAUGCAGUGGACCCUGGAGACAUCGCUGUCAUGCUUCAAUAUGAGACGGUCACUAUUGAACUGAUGCAACUGAUUCCCCCAGCGCCGCACCCUCUGGCCUGCUUUGAAGAAGAUGCUCGACGCUUCUUAUUCCCACAGCCCAAACUGGUUCACUCCUCCUCUGGAGUGGACCGAGAGGUUCUGAUGACCCGAGCAGUUCACUUCCCAGGUAUCGCUCCAAGGUUAGAGUUUUCCACCAAAACUACCAUCAUUGAGUGCUCAGCUGAUGCGGAGAUCAACAUUUACCCCAACGUACUCAUGGGGCCAGUGAUGAAGAGGAACAGGAAACACUCCAGCAGACCCAGGAGAUCCUCCCCCCAGAGGAGCCAACCUCUAACCCUUGGAAGGAGGCGAGGUGCCGGGUCCCCGUCAUGGGUCCCCAGAGCCCGGUCCCUGUCCCCUCUGAGCCUGGCUCGGCUCAGCCUGGUCUCUGCAGGCCCAGCUAACUGGGACACAAGCAGCACCUCCCAGCCUAUGAGGACUUCCUGGCCCGGAGCCGGUCCAUCUUCCUCGCCCCAGCGCUCUGCAGUGUUUACCAACUCCUCUUCACCUUUGACCAGGUCUUCAUCCAAAGUGAGAUCUUCUCUGACUGGCAGGUGGACAUCCUCCUCCAACGGUUUGGUUGGAGGGAUAUCAGAAGACGACUCCAGUUCUUCAGAGACACGUGACCCUCUUGAUUACCACCAAGGUCCUGAACCUUCAGGGCGGUGGCGCUCUUCCAGGCGACACACCAGGCACCGCAGGUCUCAGUCCAGCUCUCACAGAGAAUGGGAAGAGGUCCAAGCGCGUGUUCGGGGACUCCUUACAACUCCAAAAGCUGUAUGCAGACUUGCCUAUGGGGCCUCGACCUCCGAGGUAGACGAGGUUUUAGCCCGGAGGUCCAUCUCUCCAGGUCCACCGUGA